AUGUCCUCACAGUUCAGCAAGCUGGUGGGCAGCUUGCGGUCGGCCUCCUUCCGCCGCAGGAAGGCGGGCGUCGACGGCGAGGAGCCCCGCAGCGGCGCCAGCGGCGCGCCCGCCGACGGCGGCGGCUCCCGCUUGCACCCCGCCGCCGCCGACAGGUACGGCAUCCUGGUGCCCUCCCAGACGUCCGAGGACGAGCUGGAGGCCGCGCUGAACGGCCUGGCGCCAGGCUACUUUGACCCGCCAGAGCUGUUUGAUGCUCUGGAGCAUGAGUUGCGCCAGCUGCCGGUCAACUUUGGCGGCGACCAGCUGGAGGAGGUGGCUGAGGAGCGCACCUGCGUGCUCGAGGUUGUGAGCGAGAAGCUGAGCGCCCACGUGAUCCACAACUACGACAAGUUUGUGGCGGGGGUGAACGAGGUGACGCGGGUGGAGGCCGAGGUGCAGGCGGCACACGUGACCGCCAAGCGGUCGCGCGAGGCGCUGGCGCUGGCGCAGCGAGAGGUGAACAGCAACCUGAAGAUUGCCAAGGACACGCGGCGCAAGCAGGGGCUGACGGCGCUGCUGGAGGCGCUGCUCAGGCUGCAGCAGGCCAGCAACCUGCAGCGCGCGCUCAAGGAGGCGCAGGAGGAGGGGGAGUUUGCGGAGGCAUUCUGGCUGUGCGCCCAGUGCAUCCGCUCGAUGGAGGAGCUGGGGGAGGGGCUGCGGGUGGCGCAGGAGCUCACGGUGACCAUCAACCGGCUGUAUGCGGAGACCAUGGAGCGGCUGGAAAGCGCGAUGGCCGCCGUCUGCUCCGACUUCCGCCCCUCCCACUACACCAAGGUGCUGGAGGGCUACAUGUUUCUGGGCAAUGUGGAGCAGCUUGGGGCCGAGGUGCAGAGCGCCUUUGUAGCCACCAUCAACUCCUCUGUCGCCAAGGUGGUGCGCGGGGUGCUGCUGACGCGGCCCGGGUAUGAGGAGAAGGCGGCGGUGGCAGGGAACCUGCAGGAGCUGCUGCGCUUCCUGCCCUCCGACCUCUUCCGCACCUGCCUGGCCCGCGUGCUGAUGGUGCUCUUCGACAUCCUGGUCUCUCACUUCCACAUGGUGCGGUGGCACGAGGCGGCGCUGGAGCGGCACGCCGCUGAGCUGGCGGGGCUGCAGGCGACUCGACACCAGCUGGCGGAGCGGCUGGGCGGCGACGAUGGCGACGCCAGUGAAGGGGCGGGAGAGGAGCCGGCAGCAGCAGCAGCAGCAGCAUCUGGGCGUGCCCUUGCGCGCCCCGGCACCGCCAGCAGCAGCAGCGGCAGCUUGGCGCCGCCCCACCACCACCACCACCCGCAGCAGCAGGCGCAGUGGCAGCGCCAGGACAGCGGCGGCGGGCUGCUGGAUCCGGAUGCUCGCGAUGGCAGCGGCGACGUGACUGUGACGGGGCGGGCGGCCAUGCAGCUGCGGCGGGGCACCGCCUCUGAGCUGGAGGAGGUGGAGGCGCGUGCUUCGGAUGAGGCGGAGUGGGGGCAGGUGCUGGCCGCGGUGCACGGCGGGCUGCUCAGCGGGCGGCAGCUGAUCUGGGAGGAGGUGGCGCGGAGGGUGGGCGUGCUGCUCAGCAGCCCCGCCGCCUUUGAGGGGGAGCACUUCCUGCAGGUCAUGGAGUGGACGCAGCGGCUGCUCGGGGUGGGCGAGGCGUUCAGCGGCGCGCCGUGCACCAGCUUGCGCACGCUCCUGGAGCGGCAGAGCUGCAAGUUCUUCCGCCUCUACCACCACGCCAACAUAGAGGCCCUGAGCAGCAUGCUUGACAAGGAGCUGUGGCGGCGGCUGCCCGCAGAGCUGCCCAGCCUGUCGGCAGCACUGCGGACCCGCAGCAGCAGCGCAGGCGAGGGCGGCAGCGGUGGCGGCGUCAGCUUUGGGCCCAGCCCCGUGGCCAGCCCCGGGCCCAUCUCCGGCCUGGGAAGCGGCAAUGGCAGCGGCAGCGGCAAUGGCAGCAAUAGCGGUGGCAGCGGUGCAGGCAGCGGGGCGCACCCCCUGGCAGAUUUCGAGCGAUUUGUUGUGCAGGGCAACCCGUGGCGCAAGCAGCAGUCGCCGCGGCGGCGCCGCGCCGCGCAGCAGCUGGGCUUUGGCGGCUCUGCCAGCCUGGACGACAGCCGGGGCGGGCGGCUGCUGGAUGUGGAUGAGUAUGGUGUGCCCCGCUCUGCCAGCAACACACCCUCUGCCGCCGACGCGGAGAGCAGCCGGGCCGGCAGCGUGCAGUCCGAGUCGGAGGCGGCCACCGAUGGGGAGCAGGCGGGGGAUGGCGAGGCAGACGACGGCUUCGGGGACUUGCUAAAUGGCAGCGGCAGCCGGCCGGGCAGCGGGCUGGGCGUCAACGGCGGCGGCGGCGGCGGCGGCGGCGGCGGCGGCGUGCCAGCUGUCACCAACUCCCUCGUGCUGGCACUGACGGCGUGCAUCGCGGAGAGCGGCGGGCUGCGCAAGCGGGACAAGGCGGCGCUGCUGGCGCAGGUGGAGGCGGAUCUAAGGGCGCUCAACCUGGGCGGUGGCAUGGGCACCUGA